AUGGAGCCCCGCACCGUGGCCGAAUCCUUCGCGGCUUUAUCCAUCGUUAUCUGUAAGUCAGGUUAUGGCCAAAAGGAAAAUGCUAGUGAUAUCGCUGUAGUCGUAUUUGGUAGCUAUCUAGCUGAGGCUGAUAUUCUUAGUAUUUCAAGGGCUUGUACGAAGUGGAAUGUUAUGAUUAGGCAUGUUUCUGAGUUGUCAAGAAGGAUUGAGGAGGCGUUUCUGAUUGCAACGAGUGGGAGGCCGGAGCCUGUUCUUGUGGGUUUGCCUAUGUUACGGCUGGGGUGCUUAGGAGGGCGAUUCCCACGGCUUCGGCGGUAUCCACUCGCCGACAAAGCCUCCAUUCCAGACACCACUACCCUGCAGGGCCUUAGUGCUUUUGACGAGCUUGAUGAAAAGUCUCUGCACAUGCUAGGGAUGCACGGGUCAGCUUACUCCAACACGUCAAUGCAAGAAGCCGACCUCAUUCUCGCCCUUGGUGCGCGGUUCGAUGACAGAGUGACCCUGAAUAUCCAGAAAUUCGCCCCCACUGCGAAGAAAGCGGCAGCGGAAGGCCAUGGUGGUAUUGUUCAUUUUGAAAUUUCACCAAAGAAUACCAUUAAGGUUGUCCAAGUGACAGAGGCCGUGGUUGGGGGUGUCUCUGACAAUCUUGCCCAGAUCUUGCCCCUUAUGAAGAACAUCACAAUGGCAGAUCGGCACAAAUGGACAAAAUCAAAGGACGGAAGACGCGCUGGCCACUCAACCCAGUUCAGCAACCUAACAGCCAAUCGCAAACACAAAACAGUGAUCACCACAGGAGUUGGCCAGCAUCAAAUGUGGACAGCACAACACUUCCAGUGGCAGUAUCCAUGCACAAUGAUAACUUCAGGUGGAUUAGGCACCAUGGGGUUUGGACUUCCUGCCGCGAUUGGGGCCAAAGUCGCUCAACCAGAGGCCCUAGUUAUUUAUAUUGAUGGUGAUACAUCUUUCACAAUGACCCUGACGGAGCUAUCCACAGCUGCACAGUUCAAUAUCAGUGUAAAGGUCAUUUUCUUGAAUAAUGAGGAACAGGGAAUGGAUCGAUAUGCACACACCCACCAACAGAACCCAGACUUUAUAGAAUUGGCAAAAGCAAUGCGUGUACACCAUUGUCGAGUCAGUAAGCCAGAAGAAAUGGUUGAUUCCCUGGAAUGGCUUAUUAACACAGACGGUCCCGCUUUGCUGGAGGUUAGUACUGAGAGAAAGGUCCCUGUGCUGCCAAUGGUCCCGGCUGGGUGUGGGCUGCAUGAGUUCAUUGCGGAAAAGGACAAGCAGGGGAAAUAUUUUAUGCGUCAACGAACGUGUGGUCUUCAUGGCUGAUCUUGGGAGUAAGAGAACGGUCUUUUGGGGUUGCUCCUGGUGACUACAGUGGCAGUUCGCCGGGCGAACUCAAGGUUCCUUUGUAUAGAUACACAACUUUCACCUAACAUAUGGGCUGAAUGGUAAAAUAAAUCAUUGAAUUGGAUAAAUGUACAUCAUUUCCCGUAUAUUCAUACUCGUUGCGCAUAAGCGGAUGCAAAAACAUGAUGAAACGCCGAUAACCAUAACCUCGAAGAAACAAUUUGCGCAUAAAAUACAACCUUCCCGUGCUUUCUACAGCUGCGUAUGUCAUAUACAACAAGUCUCCCUGUACAAAAGCAGAAGAGAAGGAAUAGAAGGGUAGAUCAAUCACCGAAGAUCCCCUCACCCGGAUGAUGCCACACGCACAGCACCCUCGUCCGUGUACUAAGACCGACAAUGAGAAGGUGGACACCAAGGAUAAUCAUCUG